ACAAAAAGGCCUCAGGAGGGACCGGCCCCUCUUCAACACCUUCAGUGCACUCGUCAUCACAACAAGACCAUGAGCGCUCACGAGCACAACCACUCAGACUUCUUAAACGGCACACCGUGGUUCGUCUAUGAGUGCACCAUUGAACUCGAUGCAGACUACCGGCGCAUCGCCCUCUUCCUGCUCUACCUUUUCAUCUUCAUGGUGGGCCUGCUGGAGAACCUGCUGGUCAUCUGGGUCAACUGGCGGCGGCGCCACACGGCCAACGGCGUCCUCUUCUGCAUCAUCAACGUGAGCCUGUCGGACCUGAUGAUGAUCGUGAUCCUGCCCUUCUUCAUGAUGGAGGUCACCAUGGACAGGGUUUGGCUGUGGGGCCGCUUCCUCUGCAAGGUGACCAACCUCAUCUAUGUGAUCAACAUCUACAGCAGCACCUUCUUCCUGGCCUUCAUGACCCUGGAGCGCUACCUGUCCCUCACCAGGCCAACGUUUCCAGCGUUCUUCCCCGUGGCGGGUCAGCGUCGCUGGGUGCUCUGCGGAGGCCUGUGGGCGUUCUCCUUCUUUCUGGCUCUGAUGGAGAACGUCCACGUGGAUCUCCUGGAGUGGGACGAGCCCGGCUGUUACAUGAUGCCUGAGUACAGCUACAUCGAGUGGUUUGUCUCCGUGGCUUCCCUCAGCCUGCUCUUCCAGUUCCUGGGCCCCGCCGCAGUCAUCAUCACCUGCAACGUGCUUAUCGCCCGAGCCGUUCAGAGGACGCCGGAUGUGCAGAAUCGGCGAGAUGUGUGGCUGGUGCACGUGUACUCCCUGGUGUUUAUCAUGUGCUGGCUGCCGUACCACUUGGUCAUGUUCCUGAUGAUCAUAGAUGACCUCGACCCCUACGCUUUCAGCUGCAACACGAUGGAGGUCCUCUACUUCUCGUUUAGCGUGGUGCAGAGCCUGUCGCUUUUCCACUGCGUCGCCAACCCCAUCCUCUACAACUUCCUGAGCAAGAGCUUCCGCAACAACCUGAUGAACACCGUGUGGAACUACAUCCCCAAACAGGGGGCGGAGGCAGACCAGGUGGGAGCGGGGAACCAGCCCAACGCUCACAACGGAGGCGGGGGAGGCAUGGGGAAGCAGGGCAGGUUAAGUAACGCCAGCACCAGCCAGUCUGACAUUGGAUCGUAAGGAAUGAAAGCUGACGUGAGAAAAGAGUCAGCUUCGGGAGUGAGACGUUUUCUAAGAGACGAGGAGAAGAUUUGACAGAACUAAAUCCAGUCUUGGUGCUUCAGAAGACCAGAGGCAAAGAUUGAACAACGUAUCGUCUCACUCUGGUCAUAGACUCACUGUGCUGUUUCUUGUUAUGUAAGAGA